UCUCUCUCUCUCUCUCUCUCUCUCUCUCUCUCUCUGUUACGUGUAGCAACUUUAGCGAAAACUCAGCGAUCCUUGCAACACUGAACAUUUGGCGGGCAGCAGCAGCAGCAGCAGCAGCCAGCAACACUAGGGGAGGGUGACAGUAAAGAAGGCACCAGCACAGCCUCCUGAUAGUGAUGUGUGGCAGGACAGCUUGCACCCUGGCGCCUGAUGAAUUGUGCAGGGCGUGUAGCAUUCGCACAGUGGGAGCAGAUGGCCAGAAGCAGUACCAACCUUUGGCUUGGAGAGACCAUCCCAACAACCAGUCAUACAGUCCCUCUACUAACAUGGCUCCUUCACGCUUCACACCUGUCAUCAUAAGUGAACACCAGCAGCGUGGAGUGAAGAGGUCACAGGAGGGGGAGGAACAGCCUCCUCAGAGGAUCAUUCAACCCAUGAAAUGGGGACUCAUUCCUCCCUUCCAUAAGGGCCCAUCUGCGGAAGGACAUGGCUACAGCACAACUAAUAGCAGACUGGAAGAUGUUGAGACCAAGGCUACCUACAAGCCUUGCCUUGCUAAGGGCCAAAGGUGUGUUGUGUUGUGUGAUGGAUUUUAUGAAUGGCAGUCAACAAAAGGAACAAAAAACAAACAGCCAUACUUUAUAUAUGCUUCACAACCCAAAGAGAUUAAGAUUUGGGACAGAGACUCUUGGGACAAACCAGAUGUCUGGAGUGAAGAGGAAGGCUGGAAGGGCCCUCAGCUCUUGAAAAUGGCUGGACUCUUUUCAUAUUGGAAGUCUUCUGAAGGUGAAGAAGUAAUGAGUUAUUCUGUUCUUACCACUGAGGCAUCCAAAAAGUUCUCUGUCCUGCACACUCGUGUCCCAGUCAUCUUGGAGACAGAUGAGGAGGUUGAGAUGUGGCUAGAUUCUGCAAGAGUUAACUACAAAGAAGCUCUUCAGAUGCUGAGACUAAAGGAUGAGGCUGAGCUAGAGUGGCAUCCUGUCUCCACAGAAGUAAACAAUUCCCGCAACCAACAACCAGACCUCCAACAGCCUGUCAGUCUUGACAAGAAACCUCCAAACACAGCUGGCAGCAGGUUUAUGUCUGCCUGGCUUAGCAAAGCAUCGCCACAUAAGAGUAAGACUCUUGUGAAGGAGGAAGUCCAUUCAGUAAAGGAGGAAGAAAAGAUCAAAGAAGAAAACAGUACCAAUCCUCAAUAGCAUAAGUAAAGCAGAUGUGGCAGCUAGGUGUUGGAGGUAAAAGUUGCAGUAGUAGUGACUUGGGCAGUAGCAGCAGUCUCAUAGUGACUCACCAUUUAAUUUACAAGGACUCACUCUUCCAAAGAAAUCCUGUUUCCCAUUGAAUCACCAUUCCAUUCUUGUUGUGUGGCUACAUGUUUCUUUGUUAUUCUAAAAAUGGGUUGAUCAGAGAUGCAGGGAGAGAAAGCCUUAUAAACCUGAGUACAAAGGUGUUUGUGUUAGUAUGUGUAUCUUUUUUAGACACCAUCCAUCUUAAGUUUGAUAUAGCUAGUAAAGAAUAGUGAUUUAGGCUAGAGAUGGAUAAGGUGAGUAACAUUCUAUUUUUUUAUUAUUAUUAUUUCUUAUUUUUUUGUUGAACCCGGAAUAGACAUGUAUAGGACAUAGGAAUUAAUACUAGUAGGUGCAUAAUUAAUUAUACUUGUCAUCAGGACUUAGCCAUUUCUCAAUCAGCCUUGUUUUAGUAUAUUUUCUUUAAUUCUCAAUCAUCAGUCAGGCAAAACUAUGCCUCUGUUUACUCUGGUGCUUUUUUUUCUCAUUGUCACAAAAUGGAAUAAAAGAAAAUUCAAAAUGAAA